UAUUUUGUACUAACUUUUUCUUUUCUUCUUUCUUUGCUGCUUCUUCUUUGGGACAUUUACAACUUCUCUGCUUUCUGUGUUGUGUUUUGACAUGGCAUCUUUUACUCUUAAAAUCUUGAAAGUGAGCACACAUACGUCUUCAGUCGUAAGACCCCAGACUGAUUCCCUGGCUUCGGAGAAAACAUAUGAUUGCCACUCAGACUGUUCCAUAGCCCCCGAGAAUUACUUGACCUUAGAAAAACAUGAUUCUCACACUCUCUCAGCCUAUCCUUCUGAAGAUGGUGUUGAGAAGUCAGUUGUGUUUAAUCAAGAUGGUACUAUGACAGUUGUGAUGAAAGUUCGAUUCAAGAUAAAAGAAGAAGAAACUGUUAAGUGGACAACCACUGUCAACAGAGCUGGCCUUUCUAAUAAUGAUGAAAAGAGUAGGAUGAGCAGUCAUCCAGGAAAAACAGAUGAUCCACCAUCUAGUUUAAAGCUCGCAGCCUGCUCACUGUCCGAAGACAUUGCAGACACCGCUCAGCAGGGCAAUUGGACAGAGGAAGAAAAUACUCAAAUGACAGAGCAGCAGGUGGAAAUGUGUAGUUCUGCUGGUUGGGAGAAUGCAUCUUUGGAGACAGACACUAUUCAGGCAAGCCAGACACAGGUAAAACAUUUUUAUCGGCCCCCAACGCCUGGGCCAAGGAGGAGGAGACAAAAGAAAUCUGUGAUAGGGACUGUCACUGUAGUAUCUGAAACAGAGGUUCAAGAAAAGCAGUUUUCUUAUAGUGAGGAAAGAGAGGGUGGAGAAAAAUCUGGGUACCACAUGUUUACACAUUCUUGCAGUAAAAUGUCGUCAGUAUCUAAUAAGCUUGUUCAGAUUAGUAGCAAUGAUGAGAUGGAGUCAACGUUGGACAGAACAAAGGAAGGCGGAGUGCUCAAGUCAAAUGCCAUAAAUGCCGGCACUGCUGUAGAAAUCACAAGUCAGCAGGUCUUAAAGGUGUGCCAUACCAACGGUUUACCAGCAACCAUGUCAGAGAACUCAGUUGUGGAGGAAGGCACAGAGGACAGUGUGGUGUCAGACAGAGCUGGUAUCAAGCACUUCAGGACAUAUGGUAACACCAACGAUCGGUUUGGCUCUAUUUCAUCCGAUACAACUCUUUCCUCAGGUAACAACUCUCAAAAUGACAAACAUAUUUUGGAUGUUUCUUCGGUAGGAUCUUCUACUCUCACUGCACGAGUGGACAGACUUGUUAGUGAAUUUGCUUAUUGUGGCAUCGGAGAACAUCCACCAGAAAAUGUAAAGCAGGCUUUAUCCACUUUUGCCAGCAAAAAGAAGAAGAAAUCUCAGCAGCAAAUGACAAAUUCCAAGAAGAAGAAAAAAGUGAUUGACACCAAACGGGCCUCUAAUAAAGCAGGGAAAAUAAACAAAGCAGGAACAAUUGCACAAGAAAUACUGUUGCAAGACCCAGACUGUCCUCUUCAAGAAGGCCUUGAUACAGGUGACAUGGUCAUUGAAUCCAGUAAUUUUUUCCCCAAAAAUAAUUUCAGAAUUUCCAAGACUUUCCAUAAAAGUAAAUUAAGUACUUUUCAAAGUCCUAAGAGCCAAAAACUUUUAGCCAAAAGAAAACCCAGACCACUAAAGACUGUAAAUAUAGGAGGACUCAGAAAACAAGAAACUGGGCAAGGAGAGAAAGUACUUCUCCACAGGGAAUCUAAGCUUUAUAAAAGUAAUUUGGAAAAUCAAAGUUUACUUCACGUGUUUGAUACCCUUGACGAAAACCAGAAAGCUUUGCACAGACCACAGUCCCAAAUGGAGAUAUCAAUUGGAAAUCUGAGAGGAAUGACCAAAAAGAGUUUAGUUCCAAAAGUUAAUGAUUUACACAUAACUUUAAAAAACCAGAAAAAACAAAAAGGAGACAAAUUGAAGUCCAGGGUUUUAGUGAGAGAAGAGCGCGUUACACCCAUGGCAAAUUCACUAGCUCCUGUGAAGAAACCUGGUUUUCCUGAGGGUAUCCCCCAUCAUUCAGUUAAGAACUAUGUACAGAGAUGGUUGCAUAGCAUAAAUCCAUAUCCAGAUUUUGAGCAUAGAAAGUCAGCUCCACUAUGCCAAAACAAAAAUAAUGUGGAAAAUUAUAACAGUAAUGGGUUUCCAGGAAAUAAUCUCCAUACAACUUCUUCAAAAGAAAAUAGUUUUGUUAUGGAAAAUAAUAAGCCCAAAACUAAAAAUGCCAAUUGGAUGGGCAGCAAGAAUCAAGAGGUGAGUAAAUCUCUUGUGACUAAAGAUAAUGGUGCACAGCUUAAUCUUUGUGAGAGUCAGGAUGGGUCUCUGAACGAUCCUUAUUUGGUUUCUUUGCAUGACCAUUAUACUUUGUCACAAAUCACCGUCAACGAUCAUAAUACUAAAAGUAAUUUAUCUACUGAAACGUCAAAGCCAGAAGCGAGCCUUGUUUACCAAGAAGUAAACCUAGCUACACAUGGGAACAGUAUUGAGGCUGCCAUUCAGGUAGAUACAAUGGGAGAAAAUGCUCCAAAAGACUACUUCCCAGCCCUGUUGCUUCAGCACCUGGAAGCUUUGGUUUCUAAUAAUCAGAAAAAUCAGAAUGGAAUUACUCAAUCACCAGGUUCCUUAGCAGAUGUUGCCUUCCCUUCUGCAAUAUGUAAAUCAUCCACUAAUCUCCUUCUAGCUUGGCUUUUGGUACUAAACCUAAAGGGAAACAUGAAUGGCUUCUGUCCAAGUGAUGCUCAUAAGAUUACCAGCAGAUCUUCAGAAACAGUUGCAUUGUUGGAAGUUCUGAAGCACGUUGCCAUCACAGAGGAAGCUGAUGACUUGAAGGCUGCUGUUGCCAACUUAGUGGAAUCAACCAAAAAUUGCAGUGGACCCAGUGAGAGAGAACAAAGCACAGUACCAGCAAAUUAUAUGGCAACCAGCACUCAGAGUGCUGUCAAGAAUAAUGAAAAUGAAAGUACACAGAAGACUAUCUUGGAUGAAGGCUCCUCUGUCAGGGAGGACUGUGGCCCUGAGUUCUGUGUUUCAGAAAUGAUUGGGAAGUCACAUAACUCUCCAUGUGAGGUGUGCACUGUGAAUAUGACUUGUCCUCCAAAAGGGAUAGGUAACCUGAGUGAUACCUCUGUCACUAGAAACAGUUGUACUAUGAGUCAGCCCUCCACAAAUGAUGCUUCUUACCUUAGAAAGACCUGUUUACUUACAGAUGAUGUGUGUGCCCAUAAGGCUUGUGCUCAGGAGAACAGUAUCUAUGAGGCACCUUACCCAAGUGAUGAGACUAACAUUCCCAUCAGAGACUGCAAUACAAUUGACUCUGUGAAUUCAAAAGAAAACAAAUGCAUUGAUGAUUUAGAAUUAACUGAAAAUCUCAAAGGAGUUGAUGAAGUUCUAAAAGAUCUAAAUAUUUUGGCAGACCCUAUGUAUAAAACUGACUGUAAUAUGUCAGCAUCAUCUCAAAAUGUUAGUAACUUAAGCUCCCAUGGUCUUUUUCUAAGUAAAAUGGAUCCAGAAUUUGAUAAGGACUAUAGUCCCCUAGGAGAAUCUAAUAACUGCUCACUUAAGAAAGUUGUGACUAAAAAGAAACAUCUACCAUUUGAUAAGGAAGAAUCAAGGACUUCUGAAGAGCCAGGAUCGAUAACCAAUAGCAUGACAUCGGGUGAAAGAAAUAACAUUUCAGAAUUAGAAUCUUUUGAAGAAUUAGAAAGCCAAGACACAGAUAUCUUUGAUAUAAAGGACACUGCUGAAGAAAAAGCUGAGGAAUCAAUGGAAAAAGAGGUAGAAGCUACUUUGGAAUUGAUGAACAUAUCAGGUAGGAAUAUUAAAGAAGAGGAGAGAAGUACUAUGACAACUGGUAGUGGGCAGGUGACACCACCAUCUUUAGUUUUUUGUUACGAUUCUAAUAAAAACACUGAAAAGGAGAUCAGUGUAGGAGAAACUAAGAUGAGAGUUAAAAUGAUGGUACAAAGCAUGGAAAAUGUAAGUCAUACAGAGUCCUCACUUAAUUUAAAAAAACAUAAUAGAAACCCAGUAGCUUCAGACUGGUCAGGUUAUAGAACAGACAGCGAGAAUGGACACCCUUGUACGGCGUCCAGUGAUGAUCACUAUGACAGUGAUGACACAGCCCAAGAGAAAGAAUACAACAGAGGAUUUGUCAAAAGGGCAAUAGAAAAGCUUUAUGGCAAGGCAGAGAUCAUCAAAUCACCGUUUUUCCAUGGGGCUAUACACAAAUCUCAAGUUUGUCCUUAUAAUCCUGUGGAAGAUCAGGGUGCUAAAAAAUCAAGCCUUUAUGGUUCUGAAUGCCAGUCAAUGGUCUCUUCUGAACAGGUAUCUAGACGUUCACACAUGUUGCAGGAAUUCCAGGAGAAAAGACAAGGUGAAGUUGACGUUAGUAGUACAGGAGAUGGGUUUGCAGGCAACAGCAUAGAAAAGGCUACAAAACCAACUGAACAUGACAGGGUCUUUGCAGAAAAAGAGAGGGGGAAACUGGUUGACAAUGGCAAAUGGCUCCUCCGAGAAAAUCAUUUGUGGAGGGUGUCAUCUGACAACCCUGGCAUGUAUGGCAAUGCAGACACGACAUCAGUGGAUACUCUAACUGAUAAGAACAGCAGUGAGGUGCCAUAUUCACAUUUUGGAGAUUUGGCUCCUGGUCCAACAAUGGCUGAAUUGUCCUCUUCAGAACUGGAGGAAAUGACUCAACCCCUUGAAAUGAAAUGCAACUAUUUUAACUUUCCUCACGGCAGUGACUCUGAACCCUUUUGUGACGACUUCCUAGAUAUUCAGAAUAAAACCUGUUCUAAAGAGAGAAUACCCAAGCAUCACACAGAGGAGAAGGAUAAUUAUCCAUCUGAAAGCACACGCCCAUCUGCUACUCAAGCCUUUGCUCCUGCUGGUAAUAAAGUCCACCCUGUCUGUGAUAAUGUUAUUAAAAGUCAACCAUUACCCAGAAGUAAUGUAACCCAUGGUGCACUUCAGGAAGGCGACUCUUUGGAUAAACUUUAUGCUCUUUGUGGUCAACAUUGUCCAAUACUAACUGUUAUUGUUCAACCUGUAAAUGAGGAAGACCGAGGAUUUGCUUAUAGAAAAGAUUCUGAUAUUGAAAAUUCUUUGGGUUUUCAGUUAUGGAUGAAAAUAUAUCCAUUUCUGCUACAGUCAAACAAAAACAUGUUCAGCAGUGGGAACAAUAAAGUGAGUGUUGGCAAAGAAUUUAUUGAUAAUGGCAUUGGUGAUUUGUUUAAUGAACUCUAUUUUAAAAACAGGAUUGUCCUGGUGGAUGAAAAAAUGAAACACAAACAUGCCAACUCUUUGGAGGAAGAUAUUAAUUUGAAAAAAUUCCAAUUAUUUUUUAAAAAAAGACUUUCAGAUUGUUUGCAGACAUCAUUGCUAGUUGUAGGGAAUAUGAAUUCUAAUACACUAAAGCCCAGCAACUGGACAAAUAACUUCAAAUUUGUUGAUGAAAAUAAUAACUUAAUUAACAGAUUUCAGAACUCAAGAGAAAAUUCCAACCGAGCAGUAAGAGAAAAUACCAGUUGUCAGUUUCCCUUUGGACUAUGUGGUCUAGUUUACUUCUUAGAUACUUGUCAAGUUGAGAAAUCCUUAAAUAUCAAAACCAGAAAUGAAUUAGAAAUAUAUUAUAUUUUAGAUGGUGAAAUUCUUUUCAUAUGGGAAGAAGAAAAUGAACUGAAUGUAAUAGAUAUUGAAAGCAAUAAUGAGCAAGAUGACUCAUAGCUUCAGUAUUAGCACACCCCUUACCUGUCAAUAUAUUUUUUCCCACAAAAAGGUGCAGUACAAGGGAUAGCAUUUAGGGUAGAUUCUCUCUAAGAACUUCUUAUUCUUUCAAAAUGAGAAUACCCUGGAAACCUACUCUUAGAUAAAUGUGGUUUGGCUUUUAUUGCUUUGUUCCUCAUUUUCUCAGUAAGUAAUGUUGUUUUGUUGUUGUUUUUAGUAAUUAAAGUUUUAUGUGGUUUCAUUUUAAAUGUUUUAUC